UACCCACAGCGAAGUUUCCGAUUCCCUCCAUUCUUCAGUAUAUUAUAAAUAAAUAAAUCUUCCCUAUUUCGGACAAGAUCGCUUUUCCAACGCGCUUUUCUUCUAAUCCAUUUUUAUUUUGCUUUUCACCUCACAUGGAUUAAUCCUCAAUUAACAGAAAAUCAUACACAAAUAAUCGAUUCCCGAACCCUCAGAUCUAUUUCGUAUGUUCUUCGUUCUUCGAUCGGUUACGAUCGAACAAAGGCGUUUUGAUUUUUGUUCUGAAAUUUCUUUUGUUAGAAUUAGGGUUUCAAAUAUCAUAGAAUGAUGUCUUCGAUUUUCUUUCUACGCCAUUUGGUUCUAUUUCACGGUGGUUCUUCUUUUCAUCGUCUUAAGCAUCUUGAAAAAAGUGAUCGGCGUGGUAAUCUUAGUUAACCUUACGCUUUUUUCUUCCUUCUUCUUAGUUUCGUUUUCUCAAAGUUUUUCGAUCUCUUUUUCGGAUAAUUGCUUCUGGUUUUGUGAAUUUCGAUUCGCGGUGAUCGUGCUUCGGAAAUUCGUUGACGAAUUUGAGGCUUUUGGUAUUGCGUUGACUUCAAAGGCCGUGAUUGGUUGCUGUUGUUUGUUCCUGUUUUGAGAUUUUUGCAAUUUGAAUCUACAAACUUCGUUGUUUAAGUGUUAUCUUAUACCUUUGAUGGACAUCCUCUCUCCUGUUAAUGUUGGGGAUGAUGAUGAUGUCAUAAGUAAACUUGAAAGUACUUUCGUCGGGUCCUUACAUAUACAAGAUGAUCAGGAGUUGGAACAUGUAUCUGACAAGGAUGGUCUUGGUAACUGUCAUGCAGGGGAGGGAUGCAUAUGUGGUGGUUUUGAACAGCAAGAAACCUCACUAAAAGUGAAGAGCUUGAAGGAGUGUUCAACAUUUCCUUAUUCUAAUACGGUGUUGCCUUCAUGCUCGGCAUCUGAGCGGACACCUACAAAACUUGUAUCUGCCAUGAAGGGUAGCCGUGAGAAUCAUGGGGGAUCACAAAUGAAAUUGUCAGUUAAAUGGUCCCCUGAUGUAUAUGAUCCGGUACCAACAUUAUCGUCACAUACUGUGAGAAUCAAGAAACAACAUAAAUCUAGGAUCAAGAAGAGUGAUAAGAAAUAUGUUAAGAAAGGUCACAAAGGAAACUAUUCUAAAGGGACUAGUGGCAAAGAUAAGAAGCAGUAUCACUAUAAAUGGCCGGAAUCUUGUGGCAAAGGAUUUGAUGCUUCCAUGGAAUUAAAUAAUCUUGAUGUUGUUGGCCAUGAUUCAUACCAUGAAAUUAGCAACUCAAAACCACCAGCUACAGAAAAUCCUUGUCAUGUCGGAGAAGCGCUGAGGAACAUCCUUGAUUUUGUCUCCUAUAUAAAGACUGCAUAAAUAAAUAUAUAACUAGUUCGGUUUUGUAUCCUAUAUCAAGACUUCAUAAAUACUGAGGAACAUCCUUGAUUUUGUCUCCUAUAUAAAGACUGCAUAAAUGAAUAAAUAACUAGUUCGAUUUUGAUGUUUCAAAAAAAAAAAACUAGUUCGAUUUUGUAUCCUAUAUCAAGACUUCAUAAAUAAUUAGUUUCCUA